AUGACUUGCUGCCUUUAUUUGACAUCCGGGACACGCCGCGUUAGGUUGCCUGGUUUCGCCUGUCUGCUUCGCUCGUGUUUGAGGUGCGAGAUCAAUGUCAACGUCUAUUGCUCGUUACCUGUCUAUCUCAUAGAACAACAACAUCAAGACCUAGAGCAGCAACCGAUGGCCACAGCAGGAAGGGAUGCAGAGAUGCUGAGACAGAUGGUCCGUUCCUUGAUUCCGCCGCUGUGUAAGAGCAUGCACAAGGGCCAGGCCGGUCGCAUUGGAGUCGUGGGUGGCUGCAAAGAAUACACAGGAGCGCCAUACUAUGCAGCCAUAUCAGCGUUGAAACUCGGCGCUGAUUUGUCGUACGUCUUCUCCAGCGAGAAGGCUGCAAGCGUCAUCAAGUCGUACAGUCCCGAGUUGAUUGUCGUGCCUCUACUCGACUCGGUCGAGCAUGUAGAGCGAGAGAUGGAAUCGUGGGUCGAACGACUCCACUGUCUGGUCGUCGGCCCCGGGCUCGGUCGAGACCCUAAUAUGCUGGCUGCAAGUGAAAGGAUUAUACAAAUUGCUAAACAGCACAACAAACCUCUAGUGAUCGAUGCAGAUGGUUUAUACCUUAUUGGGCGGUCGCUCGAUAUCAUACGAGGAUAUGAGAAUGCCAUCCUGACACCCAAUGCUGCCGAGUUUCAUCGUCUGUACAAUGCGGCUUUCCAUUGUGCUCCAAACGUUACUCAUCUCGUUGCAUCAGUUCAGCAGCUUAGUCGAGAGCUUGGCAAUGUGUCUGUUGUACACAAAGGGGAACACGAUGUUUUAUCGAAUGGAACGGCAGUUUUGGUUUGCUCCGAAGAAGGCAGUCUACGACGCUGUGGUGGUCAAGGAGACGUCCUUGCUGGCUGUCUGGGCACGUUUGCCUAUUGGUCGAACAUCUACCACAGCUCAAAACCACAAAUGAUGAAUACACUGGUAAAUGAAUACGGACCGAUGCUCACUGCAGGCUAUGCCGCAUGCACGGUGACACGAGCUUGUAGCAAGUUGGCGUACUUGAAACGAGGUCGAUCGAUGACCGGUCCUAAUUUAGUGGAGGAGAUUCAACGAGCUUAUGAUGGACUUAUUUGAUUUCUACUAAUUUAUUUCUAGACACCACUAAUUGCGUUUAUUGCUUUGCAAUUGGUUGCCUGGGUAAUAGACGUAACUC